AGAACCUCUCAAGAUGUCUUCCAAUAAUGACCCCAUUGUAAUACCAAUGAUAGAAAGACGUCACAGUGACCUUCCCGAAACAAACACCAGUGACCCGGAGACACUGGCUGAAGAGGCUGUGUUGAGUUUUCACAACAUCAGCUACAGAGAAACAGUGCAGAGCGGCUUUCCACUUCGUCAGCAGACACGUGUGAUAGAAAGACUGUCGAGCAUCAGUGGGAUCAUGGGACCAGGCCUCAAUGCCAUCAUGGGACCUCAGGACGGGAGCAGAUCUCUGUUAUUAGAUGUCUUAGCUGCAAGGAGAGAUCCGUGUGGAUUAUCAGGAGAUAUUUUGAUAAAUGGUAAACCUCGACCUGCUAAUUUCAAAUGUACAUCUGGUUAUGUACCACAAAAUGAUGUGGUGUUGGGCACAGUGACUGUGAGAGACAAUUUAGAGUUCUCAGCAGCUCUCCGUCUUCCAAUGACUAUAACAAGAGGAAAAAGAAGGAGGGUCAAUGAGGUGCUUGAACUUCUUCAUCUGGAUAAAGAACAAAAUAUCAAGCCUAUAACCAAGGAACUCAGGAAAAGGACCAGUAUAGCAGUGGAGCUGAUCACCGAGCAUCCCAUUUUGUUCUUGGAUGAUCCCACCACUGACUUAGACUUGAGAACUACGAUUGAUGUCAUCUCAGUCCUGAGAAGGAUGUCAAAGAUGGGACGGACAAUCAUCUUCUCCAUCAAUCAGCCUCAGUACUCCAUCUUCAGAUUCUUUGAUAGCCUCACCUUAGUGGCUUCAGGAAAACUCAUGUUUCAUGGACCUGCACGGGAUGCUCUGGAGUACUUUACAUCUGCGGGUUACCAAUACAAGUCCCACAACAACCCUGCAGACUUCUUCCUGGAUGUCAUUAACGGAGGUUUCUGUGACACAGAGGAAGAUGGCCAUGAAGCUGACGAAAAUGAGGAGUUUGUUGAGAGACAAUAUCAAGUCACGGGAAAAUUGGCCAAUAUGUAUGCCCAGUCCCCCUUACACAGUGCCACAAGAGCCAGACUGGAUCAACUCUUGGGGGAACAGAAGCUGGACAGGAGCUCAGCUGUGGAGACCACAUGUGUCACCCCUUUCUGGCAUCAGCUUGGGUGGAUCACCCGUCGAUCCUUCAAAUUCCUGGGUUUUCCAUGGGUCACUACAAUUCAGGUGAUUAUCAUAGUCAUACUGGCGGUGGUCGUGGGGACUGCUUUCCGUCUCCUGCAAAAUAUUUGUACUGAACUCCAGAUGAGAGCUGUCCUGAUCCUCCUGCUCACUGGUUUCCAGUGCAUCACAAGUGUGACUGCAGGGGAGCUCUUUGUGAUUGACCAGGAUCGCUUUCUACAUGAGCACACCAGUGGAUACUACAGAGUGUCAUCCUAUUUCUUUGGGAAACUGCUGGCUGAGCUAAUACCCAGGAGGCUGUUGCCAAGCAUGAUAUUUAUUCUUAUAACAUACAUCAUAGCAGGACUAAGAACGAGUGUGCGGGGUUUCUGCACCAUGACAUUUACCAUCAUGAUGCUGGCUUAUUCUGCUAGUUCCCUGUCACUGUCUUUAGGAGCUGGGGAGAACGUAGCAGCUAUAACAACACUACUGGUGACCAUCUACUUUGUGUUCAUGCUGCUUUUUUCAGGUCUGUCACUAGAUACAGGCUUCCUGCCUGUACUCUCAUGGAUUCGGUACUUUAGUAUUCCUCAUUAUGGAUUUAGGGCUUUGCUACACAACGAAUUCCUGGGACAAAACUUCUGUCCAGAAUACAACACAGAAGAAGUCAGUAGAUGUCAGAACUAUGUAAUAUGUACUGGUGAAGAAUUCUUGGAGAUCCAGGGCUUCGAUCUCUCAUCGUGGGGCUUCUGGGAGAAUCACCUGGCCUUAGCUUGUAUAAUGAUUAUCCUCUUAACAAUUACCUAUGUACAAUUGCUACUUCUGAAGAAAAGGAAACAUUGCUAAAUUAC